ACAUUCGUACUUCAAAAUCUAAUUUCUCUCUUUUUCUCUCCUAAUUUCCAUCACUAAUAUAAAUUUUUUUUAUCGGGAUAAGACUGGUGAAUCCUGAAACCGAGAGGAAAAGAGUCAUUAUUAACUUACAUGUAUAAUUAUUAGUAUUAAAUUAAAGUUUUCUUUUUUUUUUUUGGGUUAGAAGGAAGGCUGAGAAAAGGCGAGGUGCUAUCAAGAAUCGAACCCAGAGCCUUAAUGAAUUUAUAGUAUAAUUAUUAGUAGUAAAUUAAUUAGUGAAAGAAUAAUGGAGAGUUUAAAUAAGUAUGAGGCAAAUUAUGUAGCCUUAAGUCCAAUAAUGUUCUUGAAAAGAGCUGCGAUGUGUUAUGCUGAGCGUAAUUCAGUUAUAUAUGGAGAAGCUCGAUUCACAUGGAAACAGACAUACCAACGUUGUCUUCGUCUUGCUUCUUCUCUUCAAUCCCUUGGUCUUGCCAAGAAUUAUGUGGUAUCAGUGCUAGCACCAAACAUACCAGCAGUGUAUGAGAUGCAUUUUGCAGUGCCAAUGGCUGGAGGAGUUCUAAACACAAUCAAUACUAUGCUUAAUGCAGAAACUAUCAAGACUAUACUUUGUCAUUCUGAGGCUAAGUUUCUAUUUGUGGAUUAUGAAUUCUUUUCAAAAGCUUGUCAAGCAUUGCGCCUUCUAAAAGCCGAAAACAAACAAUCAAGUUUACCCUCUAUGAUACUCAUAAACGAAAUCGGGUACAAACAUGUAGAACUGAAGUACGAGCAAUUACUGAUGAGCACAAACGGUGAUUUGGUAGCCGAAUCCUCCUUGCCUGUUGUCGAUGUCGAUAACCCAUUAAGCUUCAAUCUCAAUCGUCGUUAUUAUGAAUACGAAGAAUUGAUAAGAAUGGGAAGUCCUGAUUUUGAGCCUGUUAAGUUACGCGAUGAAUGGGAUCCGAUUACUCUGAAUUAUACUUCUGGUACAACCUCGGCACCAAAGGGAGUUGUGUAUAGUCAUCGCGGGGCGUACCUUAGCACAAUAAGCAUGAUCUUAGGAUGGGAAAUGGGAACCGAACCUGUUUAUUUGUGGUCAUUGCCUAUGUUUCAUUGCAACGGUUGGACUUUCACUUGGGGGAUCGCAGCUCGGGGAGGGACAAAUGUUUGUAUUCGUAAGACAAACGCGUUGGAGAUUUAUCGUAGCAUUGCGUUACAUGGGGUUACACACAUGUGUUGUGCACCUGUUGUGUUCAAUUUUAUACGUGAGGCAAAGCCUGAGGAACGAGUGCAAAUUAAGUCGCGAGUCCAAAUCCUUACCGGAGGCGCUCCACCACCUGCCGUUUUAGUACAAGAGAUGGAGGAGUUGGGUUUCCAUGUUGUACAUGCUUAUGGACUGACGGAGGCGACUGGGCCUGCGUUGGUGUGUGAGUGGCAAACAAGGUGGGAUCCAUUAUCGCUCGAGGAAAAGGCACGAUUAAAGGCUCGUCAAGGUGUCAGUGUUCUUAGUGUUGCUGAUGUUGACGUGCAGGACAUGAAAACAAAGCAUAGUGUGCCUCAUAAUGGUGUUACUAAAGGGGAAGUUGUGAUUCGGGGAAGCGGUAUAAUGAAGGGAUAUUACAAGAAUGAAAAGGCGACAUUUGAGGCUUUUAAGGAUGGAUGGUUUCAUACGGGUGAUGUAGGAGUCAUACACCCAGACGGGUAUUUAGAAAUAAAAGAUAGAUUAAAAGAUGUGAUUAUAUCUGGUGGUGAGAAUAUUAGUAGUGUGGAGGUUGAAAAUGCGAUAUGCAAAAAUCCUAAAGUGUUAGAGGUAGCAGUUGUCGCGAUGCCUCAUCCGCAUUGGGGUGAAAGCCCUUGCGCUUUUGUGGUGAAGAAGGUAAAAGAUGAAAGUUUGACAGAGCAAGAGAUUUUGGCACAUUGUAGGAAUAAGCUUACAGGCUACAUGGUACCAAAGAAGAUUAUAUUUUUGGGGGAAUUGCCAAAGACUACCACGGGCAAAACACGAAAGGACGUGUUGAGGGCUAUUGCGAAGAAGUCGACAAUGUCGCACUUGAGAAAUGAGCAUCAAAUAGACUCGAUUAGCACUGCUUCACGCCUAUAGUUCUGCUUUUGUUUAUGUAACUUGUCUUAGAAAAGCUUCUUUUGCACCUUUAGUUAUGGGGUUUUUCAUUUUCGUGGAAAUGUUGAAGCUUCUUUUGCACCUAAGUGUUGGAUCAUAAAAUAUGCUUUCUAAAAACUAUGUCAUGUCACUCAUAUAGGUUGGUUUAAGUCUAAUAAUAAUUAAAGGGCUAUAGAUCUGGGUUGAAUCAUAAAAUAUGUUUUAAGGUUAUUAGUGUUCAUUCUAAGAGUAUAAAAAAAGAUCACUUUUAAAUUGUAGAUGAUUAGUUUAAGGCUAUUAGUGUUCAUUCUAAGACUACAGAAAAAUAUUGACAUAACAUAAGUGAGGUGAUCACAGUUGCUGCGUUAAUUUU